AUGAUGGAGACUCUUUUAACCGAUUUAUCUUCUCAAUAUGAAGAUACAAAUGUUAAUUCAAAUAAUAGAAAGAAUGAUCAAAUAAAUAUUCCACUUGUUGUUGUUGAUACACCAACAAUAACAUCAACUAGAAAAGAUUCGAUCGUUAUUCCAUCAAUAUCUAAUAAUUCAAUAUCAAGCGUUAUUCAACUUGAGAAUAAUAAUAAUAAUACACUUUUACCUGUUUGUACUUCAAAUAGUCUUGGCGAUCUUAGUUCAACUCCAUUACUUACGUUAGAUAAUCCAACAUCUAAUUCACCGAUAUCAUCAACAACUAAUCAACACGAUGAAUCAACAACAGCAACAACAUUUAUUCAAUGUGAAUCGCUUCCAUCGAGUAGUUCAUCAUCAUUAUCAAAAUCAACAGUAUCAAGUCAAUCACAACAGAUUUCAGUGACACAUGAAUCUUUAAAAAAUGAACCAGAAGAUGAAAUUAAACCUAAAAUAUCUUUAACACCAAAAAAAGCACCAGCACCUCCUCCACCGAUAGAAUCGUUUCCAACAAAACGUGCAGUAUCUCAAUCAACAGGUGAAAAUAUUUUUUAUUCUGAAGAUGAUAAAUAUUUAUCUGAUCAACAUCAAUCUCGUCGUUUAUUAAAUCGACAAAAUCAUCAACGUCAUGGUAGUGCUGAUCUUCUAUGUCGUCACAUAAAUCAUGAAUAUAUGAAUCGAUCAUCAACAACAAAUUCAUCAUUUUAUCCAUCAGAAAAUAUUAUUCCUAAUCAAAUUAAUUAUUAUGAUUAUGAUCAAAAUAUUUCUUAUGUUGAACAAUUAGAACAUGAAUUAAAAUUAACAAAAGAACAAUUAAAUGCAACUAUGAAAAGUAUUAAAACAUUUUGGAGUCCAGAAUUAAAAAAAGAACGAACAUUAAGAAAAGAUGAAUCAUGUCGAUAUCAAUUAUUAAUUAAUGACCAUCAAAAACGUGUUAAACAAGAUACUUAUAUCCAAUCUCUUGAACAUCAAUUAAAACAAAUGCGUGAUGAACUUGAAAAAUCUCGUCAUAAUCUACAUUAUGAAUUAACAUCUAUUCCAUCAACAUUUUCCAUUCCAGAACAACCGUCCAUUGAUACAAAUACAAUAUUACAAAAACAAUAUCAAGAUAUUAAAGAUAAAUUAGAACAACGUAUUAAUGAUUUACAUUUAAAAGAAAAUGAAUGUGUUACACUUAAAGCUAAAGUUGAUACAUAUGAAAGUAAAGAAAAAGAUUUACAACAUUAUAUUAGUAUACUUAAAGAAUCAAUUUUAAUCAAAGAUCAACAAGUUAAUAUGAUACAAUCAGAAAUAAAUGAUCUUCGUACAAGACUUAAAGAAAAAGAUUCAAUUAUUGAAAAGAAAAAUUCAAAAAUUCAAUCAACACGUCUUGAUCGUCAACAAUGUGAAUAUGAUUUACAAGAAUCUAAACAACAAUUAGAUAUUCGUGAUAGAAAAAUAAAUGUACUAAAUAGAAAAAUUGAAAAUCUUGAAGAACAAUUACGUGAUAAAUCAACACAAAUAGCAUUAGCACGUGCAAAAUUAACAGCUGUAACAACAACAGCUUCAACAAUGAAUGUUCAACAACAAACAUCAAUAACAACAAAUACACUUGUAUCAAAUCUUGAAACAACAGUUGCAGAAAAAGAACGUUUAAUUGAAAAAUUACGAGAACAAAAACAUACAUUAGAUAUUGAACAUCAAGAAGAAAUCGAACAAUUACAAAAAACUCUAAAUGAUACAAGAUUAAAACUUGAACAAAAAGAAAAAGAUUAUUAUGAAGGACAGAAUCAUAUAAUCGAAUUAAAUGAACAAAUAAAUAAUGCUAAAUCUCUUUUACAACGUCGUGAAACACAUAUUCAAACUCUUGAACAACAAAUAAUAAAUUUAAAACAAGUUAAAAUUGAUUCAGGUGAUACAACGAAAUUAGAAUAUGAAAAUCGUGCAUUACAAGAUCGUUUAACAUCAUAUGAACUUGAACGUACAGAAAUGAAACGAGAAAUUGAAUGGAUGCAACAAGAACUUGAACAACAAAAAAAUUUACCAUUAUCAACAACUAAUGAUCAAACCGAACAAGAACAACAAUAUGAACUAAUAUUAAAUAAAAAACAACAACGUAUUGAAGAACUUGAACAAGUUGUAAGAGAAAGUUUGCAAAUAACAACUGAACGUGAAUAUGCAAUGACACAACAAAAACGAAAAGUUGAAAAUUUAGAAAAACAGAUAAAAACUCUACAACAUGAAAUUGAACAUUUACGUAAUGAAAAUAAUGAACAAUCUCAAAUACUUUCACAAUUACAAUUUGAAUUAAAUGAACGUAAACGUCAAUAUGAACAAAGACUUGAAGAACAAAUAAAACAUCUUGAUAAUGCUUUUAUUUCACAACAAGAAAAAAUCUUAGGUGAAUUAAGUGAAAAAGAUUCUCGAAUAGCUGAUUUAGAAAUGGAUCGUACAAGUAAUGGUGCAUCAAAUCGGGCAAAUAUGAUUGAAAGAUUAAAUACAGAAAAACAACAAUUACAUAAUCAACUUAAAGAACUCACGGAAAUUCGGAUGAAAAUAAUUCAAGAUCAUAUGGCUUCUAAAGAAGAAUAUGAAGAAAAAGAAAAAUUAGUAUCAUUUUCACCGUUAACAGAUGGCGAUGGUAUCUUUUGUUAA